GUUUUCCAGAUUUCAAAGAGAGUACUAUCGGAGGCUUGGUGUGGUAUAACUUUGAUCUGCGGCGUUCGUUAGAAAUCUCAAUGAUAGACAACCUACCGAGAAAUUUCAAACAAUUUGCUUUCUACUGUUUCUAUGACGAUGUGAAGAUGAGCUUUUUGCAUCUUAAAGCGCCGAUGUGUAAUAUUCAAUCUGUUACAACUGGAUCAAGAAUACAUAUGAGGCAUGUUCGAGGCCGUUUCAUCACACUGGUAUUUGAAUCAAGGAAGAGCGUUCAUUAUCGAAUGAGUAACGUAUCUUUCGAAUUCUAUAUUUCGAACAAAGAAGCACUAGGAGGUGAAUUAUGUAAUGAAGAUCUUGGAAUGGCAGAUGGAAGUAUUUCAGACUCAAGGAUAACUUCUUCCUCAUCACUUCCGCAGCAUUUGCCAUCAUCAGCAAGACCCUUUAGGUCCGGUUGGUGCCAUAAUAUGUCUGACUAUACACCUUGGAUUUUGGUCGACUAA